AUAUUACUAGGAAUGAAUUUAGUAUAAUUAAUCACCUUAAAUAUUUGGUCCUAAAUCAAAAUGAUUUAGAAAGAAUCAAUUCUGAUACAUUUAGUUUGUAAAAAGAUUUACUAUCCCUUUAGUUAGGUGGAAAUGGAAUAAUCGGCGCUGAUAAUGAUGAAUUUGAAAGCCUGGGAGCAUCUCUGAAGAUCUUUAAUCUGUCAUUUAAUGAUCUUACAGACUUACAUCCAAGGGUCCUUAAGCCCUUGUCCUCAUUGACUCAUCUUCAGGCAAAUUCUAAUCCUUGGGAAUGUGGCUACAACCUUUGGGGCCUUCGAGACUGGCUAGCGUCUUCAGCCAUUACUCUAAGCAUCUUUGGUCAGAAUCUCCCAUCCGUGCGUGGCAGAGCACUGCGUUCCGUUAGUCCGACUGACAUUGCAGAUUGCACUGCAUCUCCCACAGUAGGAUCCGGAGCUGAGGCUGUGCGUGGAGUCACACUCAUCACCAGAGGACUGCGUUAAUGAUGGCCUGGCAUAAAGUAACCACAAGUGGGAAACAUUUGGAAAAUACUGAAACGGAGAGCGCUACUUUCUGGGAGCAAAUUCGAACUUCACCUGCCAGUAGAUCUUUUCCAGAGAAUACCUUUGGUGGUCCAUUAGAGACGACUGCAGUGUUACCUGUGCAGAUACAGCUGACAUCUUCUGUUAACUUGAACUUGGAAAAACACAGUGCCCUACCGACUGAUGCAGCUUCUGUGUCAGGAAAAACGUCUCUGAUUUGUACACAAGAAGUUGAGAAGUUGAAUGAGGCUUUUGACAUUUUGCUAGCUUUUUUCAUUUUAGCUUGUGUUUUAAUCAUUUUUCUCAUCUACAAAGUUGUUCAGUUUAAGCAUAAAUUAACACCACAAGAAAACUCAGGGGAAAAUAGACUUGAAUACUACAGCUUUUAUCAGUCAGCCAAAUAUAAUGUCACUGCUUCAAUUUAUAACCCUUCCCCGAAUUCUCUCCGAAACCCUGGUCAGGAGCAGAUUCAGCUUCUUAAGCCAGUUGUUUCUGAAAGCGAGGCACAGGUCAUUCUGUUUGAACAUUCUGCUUUAUAGCUCAGCUACACAGUGACUCUAAGAGAAUGUCUUUCUUUUUUGUCAAGUGCUAUGGAUGUCAGUAAAACUGAAACCUCUUAAUAGAAUUAUAUACUUGGGAAUUAUAUGCUGGGAUAUAUGCAUUAUAUGAGCUUUGGCAUAAUUAAAAAUUAUAUAUUUUUAAAUUUGUGAAUAGUGUAUUCAUUCAGCAAAUAUAUUAUUUGAUAGACCUUAAGGAUUAGUGGCCCACGUUUUUGUGUGCCAAGCAGUGUUGCUGGAGGCAUCAAAUAGUAAUCACAUUUGAUCCGUAAAACAGUUGUGUUAAGUAGUGCUCUCUGCAUUGUGUGGGUAAGAAGCCUAGGCAGAGAGAUGAACUAGCCCAGGUUUUCAUAGCCUACUGUAACACGCUUUAGAUCUGUCAGAGCUGCUGCUUCUGAUUUUAUAGUGUCAGGAUUAUAAU